AUGGUUCUUUAUUUGGAUACUUUUGUUCAUUUCAUGCUCAUGCUUUUGAACCAUUGGAUAGUCUCAACUCUAUGUCUAAAUCUUGAGGAUCCAAAUGUGUGUAGCCACUGGGAGAGUUAUUCUGUUACAGUGCAAGAAUCCUAUCCCCAUCCUUUUGAUCAGAUUUACUACACCAGCUGUACAGACAUACUGAACUGGUUUAAGUGUACACGACACAGAAUCAGCUAUCGAACCGCUUAUAGGCAUGGAGAAAAGACUAUGUAUAGACGGAAAUCUCAGUGUUGCCCUGGAUUUUAUGAAAGCAGGGAAAUGUGCAUUCCUCACUGUACUGAUAAAUGCAUUCAUGGCCGUUGCAUUGCUCCAAACACCUGUCAGUGUGAGCCUGGCUGGGGUGGACCCAACUGUUCAAGUGCAUGUGAUAGUUACCAUUGGGGACCCCACUGCAGUAGUCGCUGCCAGUGUAAAAAUGGAGCUUUGUGUAAUCCCAUCACUGGAGCUUGCCACUGCACUGCAGGAUUCAAGGGAUGGCGCUGUGAGGAACACUGUGACCAAGACACAUAUGGAAAUAAUUGCCACCAAAAAUGCCAGUGUCAGCAUGGAGCCACCUGUGAUCACAUCACUGGAGAAUGCAGAUGUCCCCCCGGAUAUACUGGAGCUUUCUGUGAGGAUCUUUGUCCACCUGACAAACAUGGGCCACAGUGUGAAGAAAGAUGCCCAUGCCAGAAUGGAGGAGUUUGUCAUCAUGUAACCGGAGAAUGUGCCUGCCCUCCUGGAUGGAUGGGCACAGUCUGUGGUCAGCCUUGCCCAGAAGGACGUUAUGGAAAUAAUUGUUCCCAAGAAUGUCAGUGCCACAAUGGAGGGACAUGUGAUUUAGCCACUGGACAAUGUCAUUGCAGUUCAGGGUAUACAGGAGAAUGGUGUCAGGAUGAAUGUCCAAUUGGAACUUUUGGAAUACAGUGUGCAGAGAUCUGCCAAUGCAUGAAUGGUGGAAAAUGCUAUCAUAUUAGCGGAGAAUGUCUUUGUGAGCCAGGAUAUACAGGAGUACACUGUGAAACAAGACUAUGUGCUGAAAUAGUCUAUGGUCUUAAAUGCGACAAAAAGUGUCCCUGUCAUUUGCCAAAUACUCACAGCUGCCAACCAAUGUCUGGAGAGUGCUUUUGCAAGCCUGGCUGGUCUGGUCUCUCUUGUAAUGAAAGCUGUUCCCCAGGAUUCUAUGGCGAAUCUUGUCAACAAAUCUGCAGUUGCCGAAAUGGUGCUGAUUGUGACAGUGUGACUGGAAAAUGCAUUUGUGCUCCAGGAUUUAAGGGUUCUGAUUGUUCUAUGCCUUGUCCUGUUGGAACAUAUGGAAUUAACUGUUCAUCUAUAUGUAACUGUAAAAAUGAAGCUGUUUGUUCCCCAGUAGAUGGUUCUUGUGUCUGCAAAUCUGGUUGGCACGGAGUGGACUGCUCUAUAAAUUGUCCUAGUGGGACAUGGGGCCUUGGCUGUAAUUUAACAUGUCAGUGCCUUAAUGGAGGAGCAUGCAACAUUCUGGAUGGAACCUGCACCUGUGCUCCAGGUUGGAGAGGAGAAAAAUGUGAAUACCCCUGCCAGGAUGGCAUGUAUGGCCUGGAUUGUUCAGAGCGCUGUGACUGCAGUCAUGCAGAUGGAUGUCAUCCAGUAACAGGUUAUUGUCGCUGCCUUCCAGGAUGGUCAGGUAUACAUUGUGACAGUGUAUGUGCUGAAGGACUUUGGGGUCCAAACUGUUCAUUGUCCUGUUACUGUAAAAAUGGAGCAUCAUGUUCUCCAGAUGAAGGAAUCUGUGAGUGUGCACCCGGAUACAGGGGUGAUACUUGUCAAAGAAUUUGUUCUCCUGGAUUUUAUGGUCAUCGAUGUAACCAGGCGUGCCCCCAGUGCGUUCACAGCAGUGGCCCAUGCCAUCAUGUAACAGGGCUAUGUGACUGUUUACCUGGUUUUACUGGAGCUCUCUGUAAUGAAGUUUGUCCAAGUGGAAGAUUUGGAAAGAACUGUGCAGGCGUUUGCACAUGCACAAAUAAUGGAACUUGUAAUCCAAUUGACAAGUCUUGUCAAUGUUAUCCUGGCUGGAUUGGUAGUGAUUGCUCCCAGCCUUGUCCUCCUUCUCAUUGGGGCCCAAACUGUAUUCAUACAUGCAAUUGCCACAAUGGCGCUCACUGUAGUGCUUACGAUGGAGAGUGUAAAUGUACAUCAGGAUGGACUGGUCUCUAUUGCACACAAAGAUGUCCUCUGGGCUUUUUUGGGAAAGAUUGUGCUUCAAUCUGCCAGUGUGAGAAUGGAGCUGACUGUGAUCACAUCUCAGGCCAAUGUACAUGUCGCACAGGAUUCAUGGGAAAAUAUUGCGAACAGAAGUGUCCCCCAGGUACUUAUGGUUAUGGUUGUCGGCAAAUAUGCGAUUGCCUGAACAACUCAACUUGCGACCAUAUCACUGGAACUUGUUACUGUAGCCCUGGCUGGAAAGGAGCAAGAUGUGACCAAGCAGGGGUGAUCAUUGUAGGAAACUUGAACAGUUUAAGCCGUACUAGUGCUGCCAUCCCAUCUGAUUCUUACCAAAUUGGAGCCAUUGCUGGAAUCAUCAUUCUUGUCCUUGUUGUCCUUUUCCUGCUUGCAUUGUUCAUUAUUUAUAGACAAAAGCAGAAAGGGAAAGAAACAAAUAUGCCAGCGGUUACCUAUACACCUGCCAUGAGAGUUAUCAAUGCAGAUUACACCAUUUCAGAAACCAUUUCUCAUAAUAAUGGUGGAAGCACUAAUAGUCGCUACUUCUCCAACCCCAGCUAUCACACUCUAACACAAAGCCCAAAUACAGCAAAUGCCAACAACAUGAAUAGGAUGACUCUGUCAAAGUCAAACAAGAACCAAUUGUUUGUGAAUCUUAAAAACAUGGAUCCUCAGAAGCGAGCCCCCGUCCUGGAUUACACAGGGACAUUGCCAGCUGAUUGGAAGCAUGGAGGCUACCACAAUGAAUUUGGAGUUUUUGGAAGUGACAGAAGCUGUUUAGGGAAAUCCUUGAAAGAUCUAAUAAAGAAUUCUGAAUAUAAUUUAAGUAACUGUUCCUUAAGUAGCUCUGAAAAUCCAUAUGCUACUAUUAAAGAUCCACCAGCACUUAUGCCAAAAAAUUCAGAAUGUGGAUAUGUUGAAAUGAAAUCGCCAGCACACAGGGAUUCUGCCUAUGCAGAAAUUAAUAACUCUGUUUCAUCUAACAAAAAUGUAUAUGAAGUUGAACCAACAGUUAGUAUUGUCCAAGGCAAUUUAAGUAAUAAUGGACCCAUAAGCCAAGAUCUUUAUGAUUUACCAAAAAACAGCCACAUCCCUUGCCACUAUGACUUGCUGCCUCCUCGGGAUAGCCCUGCAGACAAAGAUGAAAACAGUGAAUAAUCCUUGAUGAGCAUAAUCAAGUUAUCUUGAAAAGUGGAAUCUGGUUAUUCUUCUUCUGUUUUCCUACCUGCAUCCAGUAAAGGUUUGCUGUACAUAAAGGAGGAGAAUCAAACUAUAGUUUCUAUACACUCACUGCUGAUGAAUAGAUGUCAAGCUUGAAGUUCAUGUCAGAUUUUUCAUCAAACUUUUCUUUAAAAAGCCAAACAUUUACAUUGUGAUGCAUUGGUUCAACACCCAAGCUUACAGAACAACGCUUGUGAGAACUCUACUAUUCAGAAGAAGAAGCCACUUUUCACCAUCUCAACUUAUAUAUGUUGACAUACAUUUGUUUCUUUUUAUGACUCUGUAAUCCCUUUAUUUUGGAUAGGAUUGGGUGACUGAAUGGAGAUGAAUGUUUACUGGCUGGAUGCCCUUCCUGAUGCCCACAUGGAGUUUGCAGUAGAUAUUUUCUCUUUGCGCCGUGAGAUGGAAGCUUCUGCUGCUACCUAGGAUUGAACUCUCAACCUUUUGAGUGAGAGGCAAAUGUCUUCAUUACUAGGCCCCCACGCCGCUCAUAUAUGUUGACAUACAAUCAAGACAGCACAAUCUGCCAAAUAUUCACUUAGCCAAGUAGUCAGGAUUACUAGUUAUGGGUAGGUGUUGUAAAAAUAAACUGAUAUCACUUUUUCAAUGGCAAAGAUGGUAUAAGGAGAUACUCAAAGUAUAUUCACCACAAUCCUGGACUUGUUGGACAAACCUCCAGGAUAUUUAUCACAUUGCUGGUAAUGGAAAUAUAAUACAGAACAGAAAUAUUUUUGAAUAGAAAAAAAUCAGUGAAAAUUGAAGAUUGAAUGCCUAGAGACCUGAAGACCUGAAUCAUGAAAUGGG